AUGACGACAAUUCCGACGACGCUGCAUGCUACUGCUGACCAGGGUGAACACGACCGACAGUCCGCCCGCGGUAGCCGCCAGCCCUCACCCACGCCAUCCGCCCGUUCGUACUCUAGUACGUCCACCACGACUGUAGUAAGAAGACAACGACUCCUACAACUACAAUUGCAAGCCGCGGAAGAGCGCGCGUUGAUACAAACCAGACUCAUCGAAGAAAAACUUGCAUUAUCAGCACAAGCGCUUGAAGAUGAAGACAACCUCCUCAUGCUCAAUAGGACACAGUCGCGCGAGUCCCUACGUCUGCCUACAACCUCAGGUAUGGCGUAUCAAAAUAAUAUUAGUAUGCCUCACGCUAUCUCGACGGCUAUCAAUACUGAUACACAGACACAGCCUGAAAUGAUGCCUGUACCACCACACAUUCCUACACGCAGACUAGAGAAUGACAACACGAACAUGUCUAAACUCCUAGCCAGGCAAACAAGCGCAAAUGAGCUGCCCUUGUAUAGCGGUGAGCCUGAUGAGUGGCCGUUGUUCUAUAGGCAGUAUAUAUCGACAACACAGCUGUGUGGUUAUAGUGACGAUGAAAACAUCGCACGACUAGCGCGCUGCCUGAAGGGCCGUGCGCGUGACGCUGUAUCUGCGCUGUUAAUGAGUGCUACAAACCUGAAACUAAUAAUAGACACAUUGAAGUUACGAUUUGGUAGACCUGAAUUAAUCAUAGAAGUCAGGUUGAAUAAAAUAAGGCUCAUGCGUGAAGUCCGUCAUGACGACGUCAAUCAUUUAAUAGAAUAUGCGACUGCAAUUCAAAAUGUUGUAGCUACGAUGAAAAUGACAGAAGAGGUUGGACAUUUGACUAAUCCCACUUUAAUUCGAGAAAUAAUAAGUAAACUGCCGUCACUAUUGAAAUAUCAAUGGAGUAUGUAUAUAUCAAAUAAAAAUGUAAAUAUUGUAACUUUAUGUCAUGUAUCUGAGUGGCUCAUGACCGUAGCUAGCGCUGCCACUUACAUUGCUCCACUGCCUAUUAAGACUAUAAAUAAUCCUGUUGCGAAGCCGCCGACCAAGCCUGACCAUAGACCAUGGAGACCGGUGGUGGCUACAGUUUCAUCAUCAUCACCUACAUGUGUGCUCUGCAACGGUAAUCAUCGACUAAGUGAUUGUGAUGAUUUCAAACGGAUGACGAUAGACGACCGCUGGAAGUUGGUAACUGACAAAAAGUUAUGUUUCUCUUGUCUAUCUGCACGACACCAACUAAAAGCUUGUAAGAGAAAAAUUAAAUGCUCUGUUCCUGAAUGUGUCCGUGCUCAUCACACCCUGCUUCAUGCUGCUCCACACGAUGAGACUGAUGAUAGAGUAAUAUCCGUCAAUCAUGCUGAAACGACAGUGAACAACGACAGUCGAAGCUCGCAUGUACUACUGAAGGUCGUGCCAGUAGUUGUAUCAGGUACAAAAGGUGACGUCAUUACCUUCGCUCUCCUUGAUGAAGGCGCAUCUGUGAGCCUGGUUGAUGCUGCUCUACUCGAGAAGGCUGGCAUAACUGGUCCGACGACAAAUCUGCACAUGCGUGGUGUGUCCGGAAUGUCAACCACAGAGACGGACUCGAAAAUAGUGUCAUUUAAUAUUCGCGACUAUGACAUACGACCUAGAAAGAUUGAGUUAUUAAUUGGACAAGAUAAUAUUGACUUAAUUAUUACUAGACAAAUAAUACAAGGACAUAAGAACGGACCUAUAAUAUCUAAGACGGACUUGGGUUAUGUUGUACAUGGGAACAUAGGACUUCGUAGUAUAGCGAAUGACAGAACUAUAUUACAUCUAUGCUCUUGUGACGAAUUACACGACCUCGUUAAGAGAUCUUUUUCCACAGAGUCUUUCGGCGUGAAGCAGACAGGUGACUUUCCUCGUUCUCGAGAGGAUCAGCUGGCGCUGAAGAUUAUGGAACAGACCACGAAACUCUUGCCUCAAGGACGAUGGGAGACCGGCCUACUCUGGAGGUCUGAUGACGUUCAGCUCCCGAAUAGCUACCCACAGGCGAAGAGUAGACUUAUAGGUAUCCAGAGAAAAUUUCGUAGGUAUCCUGAGCUUGCUGUCAAGUAUGAGGAGAAGAUCCAGGAGAAUGUUGAUAAAGGAUACAUCUCAAAAUUAACUCCUGAAGAGGCCUCGAUCCAGACCAAUAAGACAUGGUAUCUUCCUCACUUUGCCGUUUUUAAUCCUAAUAAGCCUAAUAAGUUGCGAAUUGUACUUGACUGUGCAGCUAAGUCUGACGGUAAGUCACUCAAUGACUUCUUAUUGAGUGGACCUGAUUUUUUAACAUCUUUGCCUGCUGUAUUAUUAGGGUUCCGUCUAGGCAAAUAUUGUGUAAUUGGUGACAUCCAAGAGAUGUUUCAUAGAGUACUUAUUAGGGAAGAUGACCGACAUGCCCAAAGACUUCUCUGGAAUAAUGACGUUUAUGUCAUGAAUGUCAUGACUUUUGGAGCUGUCUGUUCACCAUCAUCAGCUCAAUAUGUAAAAAAUUUGAAUGCUCGUAGAUAUGAGGCGACUCACCCAGAAGCUGUCAAAGCUAUUAUAGACCACCAUUACGUCGACGACUACAUCCACUCUUUUGACGAUGAGGAUGACUUGGUACGCGUAGUGGAUGAUGUAAUACGUAUACAUGCUGCAGGUGGCUUCAAUAUAAGGAAUUUUGUCUCUAAUUCUCAUACACUAUUGGAACACUUACCUUCAGACAAGCUAUCCCCGUGUAUCCUGAAGAUCCUCUCUGACUCCAAUGAUGAUCAGGUAGAACGUGUGCUUGGAGUGCGCUGGAACCAGGAUUCCGAUGAGUUUAUCUUUCUAUUGAAGCUUCCUAAGGUGAGCGAGGACAUUAAGUCAGGGGUGAAGAAACCAACCAAGCGUGACAUAUUAAGAUUGACGAUGUCCAUUCUUGAUCCUUUGGGUUUCCUCUUAUAUGUGACAGUGAAGGGGCGAAUUCUCCUGCAAAAUAUCUGGAAAUCCAAAAUCAGCUGGGACGAUGAAAUCGAAUCGACUAGUUUCAAGGAAUGGCAGUUAUGGUUGUUGGAAUUACAAAAGGUCAGCGACUUUAGACUUCCUCGUUGGCUUUUUACUGACAUGUGUGACAAACAAGCUGACUUAGAACUUCACAUUUUUUGCGAUGCAAGCAGUAAGGCUUAUGCGAGCGUUGCAUAUCUACGCGUCAAGAUGUCAGAUGGUAGUUGGCAUGUAGCUUUCGUCUUGGCACGUGCUCCCGUCGCACCACUCAAAGUAAUGAGCAUACCUCGUCUCGAGUUACAGACUGCCUUGCUGGGUGCUAGACUAGCUCACACUUUGAAGCAAUACUUUGAUGCAAGCUUAACACUCUGGUCUGACUCUAAGACUGUUCUGAGCUGGCUUCGUUCUGACAGCGGUCGUUUUAAGCCUUUCGUUGCCCAUCGUGUCAGCGAGAUUUCCGAGUUAACCGACGUUAAUCACUGGAGGUGGGUACCGUCAGGCCUGAAUGCGGCAGACGAUGCAGCUAGAGAGACAGUUACCGAGGAUAAUACGAGAUGGUUAUAUGGACCACAGUUUCUCCGGGGGUCCAAGGAAUUCUGGCCGUCUGAAGAAACUAAAUUUGUUGUUGAUCCUGACGACGUUGAGGUGAAAACCAUCUUAGUUUUAACUGAAAUGCCCGUUAAUCUGCCUGACGUCAGCCGAUUCUCAAAGUUUUGGAGGUUAAUAAGAAGUACCGCGUGGUUCUACCGCGCUGUAUGUAACUGGAUUCACAAAGAUAACAGAAAACGAGGUGAAUUGACAGCGGACGAAGUUAAAGAAGCAGAGAAGGCGCUUAUUAAGGAUAGUCAAAGAAGAAUAUUUUCUGACGAUAUUAAAAAUAUUAAAAAAUGUGGACAAGUGGACAAAGAGAGCUCCCUACGCCAAUUGACACCAUUUCUGGAUGAAGACGACAUUCUCCGCGUUGGUGGGAGGAUUCGCGAAGCGAAUGUUGGCAAUGACACUCGACACCCAAUCAUUUUGCAUCCAAAAGACAAAUUUACGCGUCUCAUCAUGCAUCAGUACCAUCAAGAUGCAACCCAUAGUGGACGGGAACUGGUAUUUAAUAAUCUUCGACAACGUUUUUGGAUAAUUGGUGGAAGGAACGCUGUCAAGUCUAUUUGGAAUGACUGUCAGUUAUGUAGAAUAAGGAGAGCAAAACCUGACCCACCUCUGAUGGGACCAUUACCCGAUAUAAGGCUGACUCCUGGUGGACGCGCUUUCCAGUAUACGGGUCUGGACUAUUUCGGCCCAAUGCUGGUCAAGGUAGGCCGUCAUCGAGAGAAGAGAUAUGGAGCUCUUUUCACCUGUCUUACGGUUCGAGCUAUCCAUAUUGAGGUGACACAUGAUUUAUCGACAAGCAGUGCUAUCAUGGCCAUCCGACGUUUUAUUGCUCGUCGUGGUUACCCAAGACAAAUAUGGAGUGACAAUGCCACCACUUUUAAAGGAGGCGACCGUGAGCUGAAAUUGUCCGUGGCGUCCUUGGACAAAGGCGAACUAACUAGAUUCGGAAGUACCAGGGGUAUUGACUGGCACUUUAUCGCCCCUAACGCCCCUCAUAUGGGAGGUUGUUGGGAGCGAAUGGUGCGCUCUGUUAAGACUGCUCUCCGUGUCACUCUAAAAGAAACAGCGCCGAGUGAUCAAGUUCUGUCAACACUCCUAGCGGAGACAGAACAUUUUGUAAAUAGUAGACCACUAACGUAUGUACCUAUUGACAAGGACGACGACUUACCUUUAACUCCGAAUGACUUUUUGAUGACGAAGACAAAUGACAUGGACCAUCCUUUAGGUACUUUUGACGACGGUGACUUACUGCGACAAUCCUGGCGUCACUCCCAGCGACUGGCCGACCUUACCUGGAAACGUUGGAUAAAAGAGUACUUACCAACUUUGACAAGACGAGACAAAUGGUUUCGACAAGAAACACGACCGUUAAUGACUGAUGACGUUGUAAUUAUAACUGACGAUCAACUCCCACGAAACCAGUGGCCCAAAGGACGAGUGACGGCAGUGUAUCCUGGGAAGGACGGCAAGGUUCGAGUUGCUGACGUGCUGACUUCGACUGGACUCUAUAAGCGACCAGUGACAAAGCUGGCCAGACUGGACGUCCGCGCCUAGGCCAUGCCUGGAGUAUUGGCUUCCAAUACUGGAGGUGGGGAUGUUGCGGCCUCUUUGACCGGUUUUAUCGCUGGCCGCUAAGACAUUCUACAAUUAAAACUGACAGCUUGGGACAAAACAAAAGGACUUAGACAAAAGACCGAUAAGAAG